UUUUUUGACCUAAUUUCUAUGGUAAAAAUCUAAACCCCCAUAACAAUUCUACAUGUACAUUAAAGGUUAAAACAAAGUUCAAGUGAGCAUAAAACAUGUUGUUUAUACAAAGCUGGGCUCAUAGACUGUAAACACAAGGUGCAAACCAAUGUAAACAUUUCUUUACAUUCUUUACAUUCCCUGUACUUUUACAUGAUUUUUUACUACAUAUUCAUAAUAAUAUGGCAGUUUCAUCAUUAGGUUAUUUGUCUAAGUGAUUAUGUGAUACUUAUGUGACAUAAGUAAGCAGUGUACUUUUCAGAGAGAACUAACCAAGAAUACACUACCUCUUGUGAUCUUUAUUUUGAGUAUAACUCGAGUAAUAAUAAUCAUUAAAGAAAUGGCCGGAAAUAGGAAUCCUUAAUUAGACUGGCUUUGCUCUGCUCAAGUUAGCUAGUUACCUUUCCAUACAGCUGGCUAGCUACCUAGCUAGCUUGAAAAAUAACAACAGUGAAUUCAGGGUAGCUGGUCAGGAAGAAAUAUUGAAUAGACCCUUAAUUUAACCAGCUAGGAGACAACAUGAAUACAAUCAAGAAAGGCUAGCUAAAGUAUUCAGCCACAGGAUAUCACAAUACUUUCUGCGUUGUUGUAUCGGUAGACAGCUAGCUAGUGCUAACGGGUAUUUUUACAACAUGGACCUUGGAUCAAUGUUGUUCAACAAUUUAAAAGAUGUAACAUGGAGCACGACUUCUUUACCACUAGAUAGACUAGUCAGUGUAUAUAGACUGCCGCAAAUUGUGAAAUUGGACAGCGGUGAGUUGGUUGAAGGCCUGAGAGACAAUGACUACCUCCUAAUUCAUUCCUGUCGACAAUGGACAACCAUCACCGCACACAGUUUAGAAGAGGGCCAUUAUGUCAUAGGUCCCAAAAUUGAGAUCCCAGUGCAUUAUGAAGGUCAAUUUAAGUUGCUGGAGCAAGACAGAGAUGUUAAGGAACCGGUGCAGUACUUCAGUAGUGUGGAAGAAGUUGCCAAAGCAUUUCCUGAAAGGGUGUAUGUCAUGGAGGAAAUCACAUUUAAUGUUAAGAUCCUCUAAAGCUGUCAGAUUGGAUGGGGAGCUUCGAAGAAUUGAUCUUCAGAUGGCUUCAGGGGAAAGCAAUGAAGACACUGAGGUGUACAACAUUAGAUUAAGCACUGGGGAUGAACUGACCCUAAUGGGCCAGGCUGAAAUCCUCUAUGCCAAGACAUCGAAAGAAAAAUCCAGACUUAAUACCAUCUUCAAGAAGAUUGGAAAGCUCAACUCCAUAAGUAAAAUAGGCAGAGGUAAGAUGCCGUGCUUGAUUUGCAUGAAUCACCGCACCAAUGAGAGUAUCAGCCUACCCUUUCAGUGCAAAGGUAGAUUCAGCACUUGCAGUCCGCUGGAGCUCCAGAUGCAGGAGGGAGAACACACUAUCCGCAACAUUGUCGAGAAGACCCGUUUGCCAGUGAAUGUGAUAGUGCCCAACAGUCCACCUCGCAACCAGCACGAUCUUCAUCUCAUCCGUGAAGGGCAUCGCUACAAAUUUGUCAACAUUCAGACCAAGACUGUUGUUGUUUGCUGCGUUCUGCGUAGCAACAAGAUCAUUCCCAUCCACUUUCCCCUUCAUAUGUCCAUGCCUAAGCUGAUCAUCCCAGAGGGUCUGCUCCAGAGUGAAUUGUGGUUGGAAACUAUGGUGCAUCGCUGGUUCACAUUCUGUCAGGAACAGUUUGACAUUGAUGACUAUUCCCGUGCUGUGCGGGAUGUGCGAAUUGAUUGGAACGAAGAAGGAAAGAGUCCCAAGAAGAGCAGUGGUAGUAGUGGCAGUGGGAAUGGCAGCAGCAGCAGCAAUGGGUGCCCUGCUCACAUGCAUGUGCCUAGCUCUCUAACGUAUGCCAGGGAGGAGCUGACCCAGUCCUUUCAUAGAUUGUCAGUGUGCGUUUAUGGCAACAACCUACAUGGUAACAGCGAGGUCAACCUACAGGGCUGCAUGACACUUACUGGAGACUGGGCGCUUUUACCCACCGAUGCCGCGCCAGUGGACACGGCUGACACGGAACAUCUCUUCCCAGAGUUGUGGGAGAACGUGGGUCAGUCUGGCCUGCUGCGUUCCGAUGUUCCAUAUGAGGAGCUGUGGUUAGAUCACAUGAGAGCACAAGGCCCCCGGCACUGUUUGAGUGACGGCAUGAACAGCAUCAAUAAUGCACCCAGUGCCACCGCAGUCCUUGCACUCCCAGCUAGUCAUGUUGGCUCAAUGUUCAGCCCUGAAGUCUGUGUUCCGCCACCCCCAGUCCCACCAAAGUCUGAAGCUGUGAAGGAAGAAUGCCGUCUUCUGAAUGCCCCUCCCAUUCCCCCACGCACCUCCAAACAAAUGUCUACAGCACUCCUGGUUCCAAAACUUCAAGAAGUCCGCUCUCCAAGCCCUACUCUCUCCUAUUAUUCAUCAGGACUCCACAGCAUUGGAGGCGAUGAGGCUGAAGUCAGCGAGCAAGAAGAGCGAAGCAGUGUGUGUUACCCCUGUGACUGGGUUAAGGCCAGUCCAAAUCUGGAAAGCCACACGGUGUCUCCUGUAAGCACACCACUGAUAUCUUCCAGGCUUUCCUGGCCCAACUCUGUCUGCGGAGGGGAUUCUGAAGUCACAGAAGAGUUUUUACCCAUCCAUUGUCGAAGUUACUACAGCUAUCCUCGGAAAAGACCCCCUGGUACUCCUAAAACCUGCACUUCCAGCCUUUAUGACUUUGAUGGGAGGGAGCACACAAAUCAAACUGCAGAGAACUUCAGGUCAUGCAAGAGCUAUAUGAGUGAGUUUUGCACUAAAUCCUCCAGUUUCAACCUAGAAAUGUACAGAGACAAGUCAGUAGAAGAAUUGAAUUCAAAACAAAGCCUGUCAUGUCCAGUCUUACCACCAAGAACACUGAAAUCAAAUGAGGGAAGCAAAGGUACAGAUUUAGUGGCUAUGGCAGACCAAGGUACAAUAAAGGAAACUGUUCAGUGUCACUUCAGUGCCCAACACGAAGACUCUACAACAGAGAGCUUGUUUCCCUUCUCUGCCCACAAUCCUCUCACUGCCUCAAGUGAAUAUUGGCAACCUCCCCUCAACCUGUCUGGUCUCUCUAUUGAAGAAGUGUCCAAGUGUUUAAGAUUCAUUGGCCUACCUGAUGACAUUGUGUCUUUGUUUGCCAAAGAAAAGAUUGAUGGCAGUCUACUCCUGCAGCUCACUGAGGAGAUUUUGUCUGAGGACUUUAAGCUAAGCAAACUUCAAGUGAAGAAACUUAUGCAGUUUAUCAAUGGUUGGAGACCGAAGAUAUAGUUCUCUCUCAAGAAAAAGCCUAAUUUCCUGUAAUGCAAGUGCUAAAUAUUGAUAUUGGAAUAUCAAUUGAUGACUUGGAGAGCCCUUUAGGUUUGGCACCAUAUUUUCAACACUAGAUACAUACAUUAAAACAAUGCAAUGGGAUUUUGUGCAAGGAAUUGCAUACCUUUCGGACUGCAAUAUGACAAAGUCUGGCUCACUAUUUGCAAUACCCUGUAAAUAAAUGUCAGGUACACACAAAUAUAAUGGGACUUAAAUAUUGACAAACAUUAUGGAAGAACAGGGCAUUUAUGACUGUUAUUAUUAUGUAAAUCUGAGUAAACAGAAAGCAGUGGCUCUUCUGAGAGAUAAAGCAGCCUAACCUCUGAAGUGAAAUGCAGCUUAGGGACCAUAACUGCUGCCUUAGUACACAUCUGUGACAACUCUUUCCAUGUGUUUUUCCUGGUUUGAGAAAAAUGGUACUUUUGACAACCUUUCUACUUCCAAAUUCCACAAAAAAAGGCAAGAUGGUCAUAAAUGUAAAUAAUAUACAUUAUAGCGAUUAUCUAUAUCCAAGUUUUAUUAUUUACAUUUAUACAAUCUUAGUCUUUAACUCUAUAAAGCAGAAUUAUUAUACAAAUGAAAGAAAAAAAUACUAUUUAAAUAUGAACAAAACAUUCUGCUGCACCUGUUACAAAUGUCUUGGCUGGACUGCCAAGGAUACACAUGGAUCUGGUGAUCAGAUCCUGUGAAGAAGAGUGGCAAUAGUACGUAGUUGAAAACUACUUUGAAGUUACAUAUUUGAUGUUGAAAAUCGCACAAGAUUCUAAUAUAUACAGUACACUACAGUUUAUUGGCAGGCCAUUGCAGCAAGCACUGGUAUCAAAUGUCAAGUACUUGUUUCACAAUUGCCAUUGACUCUUUUUAAAGUAGGAAUCAUAUUCAGAGUUAUUUUGAUUUAAUUGUGACUUUAAGAAUGGGACACAAUUAUUUAUUAUUAGAAACCACAAGCCACGUUUAAUCCACAUAAACACUCAUGUUCAUAGAAAAUGAAGCUUCUUUUGACCUCAGUAAAAAUGUAAAAUAAAUCUUUGUGAAUGAGAUCUACUUUUCUCCCAUAUACAAAGAAUGUCCUAAACAUUACCCUGUGGGUAAAUAUUAGUUACUAAUUAACUUGUCAUUGUGAGAAACGUAAAAAUGCCAUUGUUUUCUAAAUGGUCUAUUUAGAUUUUAAUGUGGUUUCCCAGACAGGGAUUACAUUUGGGCCUAAUCCUGUCAUCCCAAUCCUGUUUGGUUAAACAAAUUCCUCAAUUGGAUUACUGACCAGUUGUUGUGUUGCUGGGUAAGUAGUAAAUUCAGACGUAAUAGUCACACGUUUGUCAAAUUUAUGAUGAAGACCAGUUUUAGGAAUGUCAUAUUAAUAGCUAUAAAAAGAACAAGCUGUUUACUCUAGUAGUCUUGAUCCUUGUCUGUGAAACCACUGAGUUUGGCUCUAGGUCAAUGUAAAGAUUGUCUGUGAUGCAAGAAACAAGCCUUUUGUCUGCCUUAACCUACUGAUCAUAAUUUUCUGUUAAGUUUUAUUUUUCCACAAGAAACUUUUAUACAAAUAAGGUUGGUGGACUGAUAUUAAUAUGCAACUUGAUACACAGUGAAAAAAAUGUACAGUAGUGUAUUAAGAAAAUACUCCUUUAGUCGGAUUGCCUUUAAAGUUAAAGAUUGUUAUAGUUAAAUUGAUGUCUCAGAAGUAUUGCCACCUGAUGAUUGGUCAAGUUUUUCUUUCAAUCAUAAAACAGUCUUAUGCAAAGAAUGCCUAAAAUGCAACUAAGAAAAUGUAAUUCAUAAACUAAAGUGUAUGCAAAAAUUAAGUGAAGAAAAAAAGAAUAACCAAGUGCAUCAAAGGUUUUCUAAACAAUCACUGAUGUAUCUGUUUUCCUUGAUUAAUUUGGUGCUUGGUUACUGAAGUCCUUGCUCAGACUUAAAUGUGAAAAAUAAAACUCAAGAUUGUCUAUCUAACAAUGAUCUACAUCAAAACUAACCAUGUUGUAUUGAUUGCAUUACUGAUUUAAAUUAAUUCACCUCAACACGGGUACAAAUGCUUUUGUGAAACUGAUAUUGGAUUAUCAGCUGCCCCUUUUUUCCACAAUUACAUUUCCACUAAAUUGUAUGAAAUUAAAUAUGCCCUUGGAUUAAACCUUGUAGUCACAAUUUAGCAAAUGCCACCUUGUGCUUUACUCACCCGUAGGAACUUAAGUAUGUGACCACAAAAUAUACUUUUAUCGAAAUCUGUCAACUUAAUUUGAAGGACUAGUGAAAAGUCAAGCUUUUUGAUUACAAUCUAGACCUACAUAAUAUGGAAAAGUACACAGAUGAUAGUAACUGGUUGGGUUCUACUAAGGAUAGAAUAAGGCAUGGGUGAAACUUCUGUUGUGGAAUACAGACCCUUUCAUGAACAACCCUUUUGUUUCAGUUGUUUGGUUU